UUAGACAUGAGCGGGUCUGAACUGUCUCAACUUUACAACGACUACUCGUCCAGCGAUAUCAAUAUAAUCGAAUACAACAGAUUUAUUUGGGAUGCCGUGUUCAGCUACUUUUCGCCUCUAGCAAUCAUUUUUGCCGUUCUCGGUCUAGGAGAGGAGAUCUUUCUGGAUCGUGGUCUAGCCUGUAAUGCUCCGGGAUACGUCGACCGUGAUCAGUAUGAAUAUGUUGUUCUCUGGUGCUCAAGGCAUGUCUUACGAGUCGAUCUUUUACCAUCACUUAUUGUGCUUCACACAUUUUUUGUUGUGACACCUCAACUGGUGUGGGAAGUCUAUGCUGCUCCAUCCUUGCAGCAAUUCUUUUCUCUGACGCCAGGUAUAGAGCACUUGAGGGAGAAGAAAGUGGGGACAUAUGAUGAGGACACUUCGGCUGUUGUGCAGUACUUGAGAGACAACUACAGACACAAGACUGGAUUGCUUCGUUCGUAUCGUUACAAGAUCAUCUUUCAGACUGUUGUCAGUUGGAUUGCAUUUGUUGGUAUGUUGGGAACGUACGAGGGAGGUAUUGCAUUUACUGUCGACUUUAACUGCUCGAGAGUGGGAUUGGUUGGUGAAACAAAACACUCGAACGUGUCAACAAAUGAUGGACUUGAUCCGUUUGAUGCUCUGUGCUCAUACACAUCGUCUAGUUUAUUCUUUGCUUUGUGGAUUGCUGAUAUGAUUUUAUUGCUACUGACAGCUGGCGUUGCUAUAUUUGGGUUAGUAUGGCUUAAACAAAGUCACUGGGAAGAACUGGAUUACGAAGGAAGGGCUGACUUUUACUAUUCAUUUUCUAUGAAUAGUGGGAACUAUGAUCCUAGUCAUUCUCAAAAGAUGAAGUCGACGAUAAAAGAUGAUUUUGAUUUUCUGACUUUGUUGUUAUUCAAUUCUGAUAAAGGACUAGGAGAAACACUGUGCAAUGUGCAAGUUGAACUGCAUUUGCAGGGAAGAUGGGCCAAUGACUAUGAGAGUUACACCAACUAUAUAUCUCUGCAUGUUAAUAGUCCAAAUCAAGAUGCAACUAUUAAGGAAGAGUUGGACAAAUUAGCUGAUCGUGUGACGAAUGCAGUUGAGCAACCAAAUCAAGUGAAUAGUCCAACUUGUCAUUUGGGCGAUCAUCUUAUUUACCUAUGUCGAGGUAGAGGUGAAAAUGAAUCCUUUAAGCGUCCGUAUAUUCUCUUUAAGUCCGCACUUCAUCUAUUUUGUGGGUCCAAGGGAUGCACAGUUGCACUUGCAAGACUCAGCAGACAGACUAUUGCAGUUGACUUUAAUCCGUUCUACUCUACUUCAUCAAAUCUCGAAAUGGUAAGUGAAAAUAUUUCAGCCGACUCAAAAGAAUCUAUUAUCGAGGAAACAUUUACAAACAUAUAUCAUUUGCGAGUUCCUGCUGAUGUUACUAGCAAAGCUAGUAAAGAGUCAGAGCAGCUGAGAGAGAGGUUGACCAAAACUACAGCAUAUUUGCCAGAGGGAGAGCAAAAAGUUUCUUUAAAGUAUGACCUGAUAGUAGUCACCUCUCUGGAACCACACUUGCGAGCCAGUACAGUAAAAGUAAUCAUGGAAGCAAUGUUUCCAGACUCUUUCAUGGAUGGAUGUUUUGUUGUUGUCUAUUCUAAAACUGAGUCGUUGAGAGACAGGAUUAUGAAAUAUCUGAUGCAAUAUUGUAACGACGAUACUCUACUCGAGGGCAAGCAUGUAUUCCACAUCAAUGGUAAAGAUGUUCUUGUCUAUUACCGAGUGAAUCGAUUCAACCAAGACAACUGCCAACGAUUAUACUCUACGUCGUAGACAUAAAAGACACUACUGAUUGAAACUAUUUUACUGUUAUAUCUAUUUUGCAUAUGUUGUAAUCUGCUAGUAGUAUAUAGAGUAUACGUGUACCAGCGCCGGAUCCAGGAAUUUUUUAAAGAAGGGGUUCAUCGUUAGCAGUUAUUUAUAGCAUUACUAAUUUUCUCUUUUCUAAUGAAAUUAUAUGAAAUUAUU